AAAUUCAGAAAGAAACCCUCUGAGAGGUGUCAGUGCCCUGUGCGAGGGAACAGAGGCGCAGCGAUGGAGUUUUUCUCUGCGUUCGUCUCCGCCGUUUUGGUCUGUGCUGUCAGUGCUGGGAUUCCUCAUGAUGGGAUACACUGGACAUACACGGAGGGAGCUUUGGACCAGAUGCACUGGCCAACCAAGUACCCUGCAUGUGGUGGUAAGAAGCAGUCACCGAUUGAUAUCCAGCGGCGCAACGUGAGACACAACCCAGACAUGUUACAGCUGGAGCUCAGCGGAUAUGAUGCCCAGAAAGGGAACUUCCUCAUGUCCAACAACGGGCACACGGUUCAAAUCGACCUGCCUCCAACUAUGAUGAUCACCAAAGGGCUCCCAGGAACAUACACAGCUGUCCAGAUGCACUUGCACUGGGGCGGCUGGGACCUGGAGGCCAGCGGAUCAGAGCACACCAUAGACGGCAUCCGUUACAUGGCAGAGCUCCAUGUUGUCCAUUACAAUUCUGACAAGUACAAGAGCUUUACUGAAGCCAGAGAUAAGCCAGACGGGCUGGCAGUACUUGCCUUUAUCUAUGAUGACGGCCAUUUUGAGAACACUUACUACAGUGAUUUCAUCUCCAACCUGGCCAAAAUCAAGUAUGCAGGUCAGUCCAUGAACAUAUCGAGCCUCGACGUGCGCUCCAUGCUCCCCGAGAACCUCAACCAUUUCUUCAGAUAUCAGGGCUCCCUCACUACUCCACCCUGCUACGAGAGCAUCCUCUGGACUGUGUUUGAUACACCUAUCACUCUCUCACAUAACCAGAUCAGGAAACUGGAGAGCACUCUGAUGGACAUGGACAACAAGACCCUGUGGAAUGACUACCGCAUCGCCCAGCCUCUCAACCACCGUGUGGUGGAGUCUUCUUUCUUCCCACGCCUUGGGAAAGGAACAUUCUGUCGGCAAGAUGAAAUUGAAUCCAAGCUCCAGAAGAUCGAGGGUCUGAUAACUUCUCUUGGAAAGCACGUGCAUUCAGGUGGACACCACAUCUCAAGACCUUCCCGAUAUGAAUCUCGCGCUCUGUUUCCUCUGGUGCUCAACUUCCAGGAGAAAAAUGCUGGUAGUUAUGCUCUGGCUCGCCUCAGCCAUCCUAUGGACCUGGACUCCUUCACUGUCUGCAUGCACGUCCAGCCUCAGGGCGAGGGCAUCCACACUGUCCUCUCCUACUCCAGUAAUGGCAAUGACAACGAGCUCAUGAUCUCCAUCGGUCAAGACAGAGAUGCGACAGAAGUGGGCCUCUGGAUUGGCAACGAGUUCGUCAACCUGCCGCACAACUUCAGGUCCCACGAAUGGUCCAACUACUGCAUGACCUGGUCCUCCCACACCGGUGGCGCAGAGCUGUGGAUCAACGGCAUGGUGGGAGAGCAGCGAUACUUGAAAAGUGGUUACACAGUCAGCCCUGGUGGCGUGUUCAUCCUGGGCAAAGACCAGGACGGAUAUCUGGGCAUCUCUAACGCAGAUGCCUUUGUGGGUAAGAUGACUGAUGUCAACGUGUGGGACUAUGUGCUGACCACAGCAGAUAUCCGGAACCAGAUGUUAUGUGAGAGGAACGGCACCAUGGUGGGAAAUGUGUUCAGCUGGGGAACCACCUCACUCAGUCUGUAUGGGGGGGUGCAGCUGGACAGUCAGUACAGAUGCUCCUGAAAAGUCUCAGCUGCUUUUGUUUGUAUGAGAUUUUGCAAUAAACCAAAAUAUCAUUGCUGAUGGUGGGAUUUAACACGACAAAUGUGAUGAGGGAUAAAAUGUUUUUCAGGCACCUGUAAGUCCAUUUUUAAUGCAAACUGUAUUUCAUAGCUUCAGCCCUUGUAUUGUAUUCAUAUCUCUGUGUCAUAAAUAAAGGCUUACAAGUGA